AUGUCAAAGCCACGAUAUGGAGAGGCGAAUCCUGCCACAGAUCCUUCAGCAUUAGGUCGCCCAUUGAACCUGCCCUUUUCCGGGCGAACCGCCAAGAACAGAUUUAUGAAGGCGGCCAUGACAGAACGGCUGAGCUCAUGGGACCCAGUGGACCUCAGUAAACGAGGCAUACCGACUCCAGAAAUCAUCAACGCUUAUAAGUGGUUUGGCCGAGGCGGUAUCGGAAUCAUCUUGACAGGCAAUCUCAUCGUCGAUGCCAUCAACAUCGAAGGCGCAGGGAAUCUUAUUGUCCCACCUGAUGCUCCAUUUCAAGGGCCCCGAUUCGAAGCAUACCAGUGUCUCGCCAAGGCUGGCAAUCAUGAUGGGAGCCUGAUGCUUGCCCAGCUUUCUCAUGGCGGGCGUCAGGUCCAGGACAAGUUCCAGCCCGACCCCGUCUCAGCUUCAGAUGUUCAUCUCGAUAAAGAAGUAUGGGGCAUGAAAUUUGCCAAACCACACGCUGCCAGUCACAACGAGAUCGAGACCAUUGUUGAAUCGUUUGCCCAUGCAGCCGAGUAUCUCUACCGCGCCGGCUUCGACGGUUUUCAGCUUCAUGCGGCUCAUGGCUAUCUGCUAUCUCAAUUUCUGUCGCCCAGGACGAAUCACCGUACCGACGAGUACGGAGGCUCUGUCGCUAACCGUGCCCGUAUCAUAGUAGAAAUUGUCGAUGCCAUCAGAGCCCUUGUUCCGACCUCGACUGGCUUUGUCCUCGGUAUCAAGAUUAACUCGGUAGAGUUCAGUGAUGAGGGCUUUAGUCUAGAUGAGUGCGGUGAGCUGUGCGUGCUUCUCGAGCAUGAGUGCAAGUUUGACUUUGUUGAGCUUUCGGGCGGCACGUAUGAGGACAUGGCAUUCGAGCACAAGCGCGAGUCGACUAAGCAACGAGAGGCCUUUUUCCUCGAUUUCGCUGAGACUAUCGUUCCCAAGCUUGAAAAGACCAAGGCCUUUGUCACUGGGGGCUUCUUGACCGUCCAAGCAAUGAUUAAAGCUAUGGAUGUUGUCGAUGGUAUUGGACUGGCCCGUACCCUCUGUGCUGAACCGAACUUGCCCAGGGACAUCUUGGCUGGAAGAGUCACGACGGGUGCAAUUGUGCAGAAGAUUGACAGGCAAGAUUAUGGAUUGACAGAAACGGUAGCUGGAACGCAAAUACGGCAGCUGGGAAGAAAUCAGGCUCCAAUGGACCUGACAGACGAGAAUGUAGUCAAGGCAUUCCUAGAUAGUGUAUCCAAGUGGGAGAAGGCACUGGAAGAAGAUGGGGAUAAGUCAGAGGUAUAUGGCUAUGUCGACGUGGAGGGUAUUGAGUUGCGUCCGAUGUCCAGCGGGGAUGACACGAGUAAGCUUUAG